AUGUACUUUCUUUCAUUUGUCAUUUCAUCAUUGGUAGCUUCAGUCGUUGGCAAUCCAAUAAAAAAGUGCACUUUUCCCCGAAACGAAGAUAUCACUAGUGUUGGGGUUAAUGGGUGGGCAAUGAGUCCAGAUGAGCCAUGCACACCAGGAAAAUUUUGUCCCUUUGCCUGUCCUCCAGGAAAGUUAAUGAACCAAUGGGACCCUGAAGCUGUAUCAUAUACCUUUCCCAAAUCCAUGAAUGGAGGGUUGUAUUGUAAUGAAGACGGUACCACUUCAAAACCGUUUAUUGGAAGAUCCUUGUGUAUCGAUGGUGUGGGUACGGUGUCGGUUGUUAACAAAGCCAGCGACGUUGUUGCCUUUUGUCAAACAGUUUUGCCAGGAAAUGAGGCAAUGUUAAUCCCUACAGAAAUUGGAGACGGUAAUGAACAAGUGCUUGCUGUACCCGGUCCUGGAUAUUGGGCAGGAACAGCAGCUCACUAUUAUGUUAAUACACCCGGCGUUUCCACUAAAGAUGCAUGUGUAUGGGGCACCUCAGAAAAAGCUAUUGGAAACUGGUCUCCGUACGUUGCUGGUAUGAACCAAGAUAGUAAUGGGAAUACAUUUGUAACGAUUGGCUACAAUCCCAAGUAUAUUGAUGAUUUUUCAGGGAAAAUACCUGACUUUGGAAUUAGAAUUGUUUGUGACAAUCCAGACGAGUGCAAUGGUUUAGAUUGUGAGAUUGAUCCAAGACAAGGAUUUAACAAGGCAACAGGUCCAUCAUCUGGAAACUCCCUUGGUGCUGAUUAUUGUAUUGUUACAGCCAAGAAUCAUGCACAGGCAAGGAUUGAAAUUUUCCAAUGA